GAUGACUCGAAAGGUCGCCGGUAAAACCAGAAAGCACUCUCGCGCCCUAGUUUUCUUCAUCGAUGACGACGCACCGCACUGUUUAACGAUGACGAUCGACAUGGCGACGUCGUAAAAUCGACGCGGCUCCUCAUUCUUCAUGGAUCAUAAGUGAUAACGCGGGAGAGAAAUGAUCAUCAUUGUGGGACUCCGUGAGAAAAGCACUCCUUAACGCGAUUCGCCUAUCCAAAACGUCGCCGAGCGUCGUCAUGACGCGUCUGGAUCGCGCAUGAACGAUCGCAUGCCACUCCAAAGACCACCUCCUCGUCGACGAUUCCGGAUAAGCUGGUGACUCGAGCGACGUGCCUGACGUCUAACAGUGUCUGACGGUGUCAGGUGCAUCGUAAUAAAAAAGAAAAGAAAGAAAGAGAAACGCGGCACGCGAACAGCGCAAGCGAGAGAAUUGCGCGAAAUAGUUUGUCGUCAACGUGGCAGAAAAGUACGCGAGUGUGUCGUAAAAAAAAAAGAGACACGCGAGGGAUGCGUCCCACCGACGAAGGGUGGGGUCUUUGGGUACCGAUAAGGCUUAUCCGGAGAUACGAUGGUCGGCAACUGCGCUCGUCGAGUCAUCAGUCGUAGUGCUCAGGUGCCGUCGACGAGAUCGUUUCGCCGCUCAGGUCACAGUGAUCUCGCGAUUCGCGCAACGUUCUGCAGUUCCGACGAGGUAUCUUGAAAGUGUCGCUUCCGGCCAGGUGUCCAGUGGUGUCGCGUGAGUCAAAAAGGGUUUCGUAUUCGCGCCCACAACUGGAUUGUGUCACAACGGAUCUCAAAAGACGCUCCAAUAUUUGUCUGAGUUCUAAAGUAUAUACGAAACGAAAGGUCGGAUCGAUCGCUGUCAGGGGUCGCGCCGCUCGUACGAAUUGAACAAGACUUCAGCGGGACCAGUUUUUUCGGCCGUGUGCUCUCGUGUUGUCGUGGUUAAUCCACGUGAUAAGUGUGUGCGCCUCGUGCUAAGAUUUCGAGUCGUCGUUAUUCGUGUAUCGAAAGUGUCCGGUGCCGUUCUCGCAGUUCGCCUGAGACCCUUCUUGAAGUAGCUUGUUCGUGCACAGUACAGUCGAGUUUGAGGGUUGACGCCUUCAAACCGUAAGCGUACAAUAAUCCUGUCUUCCUCAACGAUAAACGAGCCCGAGCGAAGGAGGCACCGACUUCCGGUCGCCAAACGAACUCCGAUGAAAAUGCUACAGUCACUGAACGCUCUGGCGGGUAAAAUCUCGCCGGGCUCCCCCACCGACAGCAACGCUAACAAGGUGCACAUGCAUAAUAACAACAAUAAUAACAACAACGUGGUGCACCACCAUCCCUACUCCAAACAGCAGACCCAGCCGUCUCCGUCGCACUCGGCCAACGGCGACCAGAAGGAAAAUACUAUAAUGAACAACAACAGUGUGGAGCAGCCAGAUCCGGAUAACAUAAAGAUGUUCGUGGGACAGGUACCUCACGAUAUGGAUGAGAAUGAUCUGAGGAUGAUGUUUGAGGAAUAUGGUCGAGUGCAUCAGAUAAAUAUCCUGCGGGACAAGAUCACCGGCAGUCAUAGGGGAUGUUGCUUUGUAACCUUUUACACUAGAAAAGCGGCUUUGGCAGCGCAGAACGCUCUUCAUAACGUCAAGACCUUCAGCGGGAUGCGCCAUCCGAUCCAAAUGAAGCCGGCCGACAGCGAGAACCGGAAUGAGCGCAAGCUGUUCGUCGGCAUGCUAUCGAAAAAAUUCACGGAAAACGACGUUAGGAACAUGUUUAGCGCUUACGGAAUGAUCGAGGAAUGCUCGGUGCUGAGGGACAGUACCGGGAAAAGUAAAGCCUGUGCCUUCGUUACCUACGCUAGUAAGCAGUACGCGAUCAAUGCCAUCAAAGCUCUGCAUCAUUCCCAGACAAUGGAGGGCUGUUCGUCGCCAUUAGUCGUAAAAUUCGCCGACACGCAAAAGGAAAAGGACCAGAAGAGGAUGCAGCAAAUCCAGUCGAAUCUCUGGAACAUCGCGGGAGUCAACAUCACACCGCAUUACCUAGCCAACGACGCGCAUACCUUGACGCCCGCAUCGUUGCAGCUUCUGCAACAGUUGCAGGCGACGACGAGUGCCGCGACCCCGGUCGCCGCGAACGCGGGAGCGGCGAAUGCAUUGUCGAACGUACAACAUCAGUUGCUACUGCAACAACACCUUGGCCUUGGUGCGGCAACACCUGCGCACGCGGCACCCCCCGCUGUGCCCAGUCCGGCAGAGAUCAACCCCGCGAAUCUGCAAAGUCUAGCUACCCUCGCGUCCCUGAGUAACACCGCUGGUGAGUAUGCGAACGCGGGCGUGUCGCCAAUGAGUAUGCAGAACCUCGUCACUCUGGCAGCUAUGACCGGCGGAAACGGCAAUCUCCAGGUGUCGCCAAACACAUUAAGCGGCCUGGCGAAUUCGACAGCAGGUAUGUCGCUAUCUGCUCUUCUGGGAAAAACAGGAAAUACAGGGUCUACUGGGGGCAGUCUUAGUCCUGUAACAUCUCUCACGCUCAAUUCCUUGACGGGGACGCCGUUAAACGGGCUUCAGGACUCGCUGAGCAACGCCUAUUCCAGCUUACAGCAGUAUGCAGCUCUCAUUGGAAAGACGACGGUGACCGUGGAAAAGAAAGAGUUGCAUAGGUUCCCCGCGUUUACGGCAGCUGCGGCUGCUGCGGCGGCGGCAGCGCAGAAGACGAAGUUCAGCAGCACGGACAAGCAGAUCGAGGGUCCCGAAGGUUGCAAUCUCUUUAUCUACCACCUGCCGCAAGAAUUCAGCGACACGGACCUCAUCUCUACCUUUUUGCCCUUCGGCAACGUCAUAUCCGCCAAAGUUUUCAUAGAUAAACACACGCACAUGAGUAAAUGCUUUGGUUUCGUGUCGUAUGACAAUGCGUCGAGCGCGCAAGCGGCGAUCCAAACGAUGCACGGUUUCCAGAUUGGCAUGAAGCGACUGAAGGUCCAGUUGAAACGGUCCAAGGACGCCUCCAAGCCAUACUAGCUGAUGUCACACAACGUUCGUAGGUAGAUACCAAGGACUUCUCGGACACCUUGGCCCGACGACGUCCUUAGUCGGGACGACGCUCGCGCAUUUAAUUAAUUAACAACCGCGAUGGUUGAUGAUUAUUCCGCAGCGGAAUCGCGUCUAGCGGAUAGGUCUAGGUAGACAUGCGAAAGUAUUAGGUGGCAGUAUUCCACGGUACUCUCUAGUCAAGCAGUAUUUUCCAUGAAGGUAGCGAGAUUAACGGGCUAUGAUCGAGCGUUCUAUCAGACGCCGAAGAGGAGACGUCGCCGCUCGACACCUUCGCCGUCCUAUCGAAACGAGGCUGUGAUAAUCCAGAAGACUCUCUUGUCUCCGUCGGACUGACUUUUCUUCCGAGGUGCAGGAACGUAAUUUAUUCUUUUAACGUGUCGCUUGUGCGAACUGUCCCGCCGAACUGUCUUCUCUCUUCUACCUGCCGGUCCGCCCAUGUGUGAACACAUUUAGUAUAUUUUUUUAAUCCAACAAUCUAUCUAUUCUGUUCACGUCCGUGCCACAUCGCGAUUAUAUAUCGUGUUACGUCUGUUAACUUUUCCAGUGCCAGAGUUUAAAUAUAGAAAUCCCGCUUUUUUUUCGACAAUCCAUUUCAGUAAUUUUAACAGGAAACGGGAUAGGAUUAAUGAAUCAGUAUUAACUCAUUAUUCUUUCGAACUACUUGAUUUCGUAGCCUGUGAUGAUCGAUUUCGGAGACUACGACCGAUGUUUCUAAAGCUCAUUCAGAUUUAGUGAAUCCGACGAGAUCUAAUUGAUUAAGAUUAAUUAUAAUCGCGCGCGAUCAAUUCUUUUAGGAAUUAAAUGAACUUUUUUUAUGUCGAAAGCACCCUUGCGAAUCGAAGAAACGUUGAUAUAUAUGUUGAGUACUGUUUAUAUAUUCUCGUCAAAAAUAAGGGAUUUUGCAUGCAAGAGAUAUGCGAAUACUUUAUUACGCUUUCAUAGAAGACAAAGAAAUUUGCAUGUAAAGGCUUCGUGAUGUGAUUGUGAUAUAUCUAUCCAUUUCGAAUCUCUUAAUUCGACUUUUGCCGUCACAAAAAUUACAAUCGGUAUUCAGUUUUCAAACUAAAUAGCUCUAGCCGCUUUCUAAAGACUUCUCUGUUUAUACGAAACGUAUAAAGACUCUUCAAGUUUAAAUGUAAUUCGAUUUUCGGGUUGAAGCUCAUGUCAGGUUAAAAUUAUACCCACAGGAAAUGGGUUUUAGCGGCGCGCAUUUAGCGUUAAACGUGCUCAUUCAUUUCUGCAUUCGGUUUAUCUAGCACGAAGAACGCACGUAAUCUAAACAUAUGGUGGGAAUAGCCAUGUUCAUCGCUAAAUGCGCAGCGGUAUAAUACGGGGUUUUUCAAAUAUUCACCCGUAACAUCCGCCCGUACUUAUCGCACGGUCUCGAAAAUAUGUUCGUAUCUUCAAAUCUCGGAGGUGCAAGCCUGGCGGCACGUUCCCGGAUGAUGCAAUCAAACUACAUCUCGUUGCAAAGGCUGUCAGUAAAGCUUUCUGUGCUAACUUACUGUUGCACAAAGUGAAAUUACGUACGUGAAGUUCACUAACAACGUAGCUUUUCCCUUAGGAGGGUAAGACUAGUGACUUUGCUUUGAAUUUUCACGCAGCGUUCGAGUCCGUACCUCGUAACCAUUUGACGAUUUGACUUUUCUCUCUGUUUUUUUUUUUUUUUUUUUUAUAUUUUUUUUGUAAUUUAUCUCUUUCUAUUUUUUAAUUUCUCUAUCUUGUUCUUUAUACCAAUAACCAGUAGUAGUUUGAGCUGAUAUAAUUCAGCCGGCAGAUACGGAGCGAUAAACGCAAAGAUCUAUCUCACUCAUUGUAAUUAUGUCAGCAGCUAUAUCGCGUGUAUCUCCUUUAUUGUUCGAGGCGCACAGAAUUCGAUACGUUUUUCACGUGAUAAUAAUAUCACUAAGUUUUCUAUGGUUAAUCACGCUACGACGCUUUAUUAGUUAGUAAUACUAACAUUGCUAUGUGAUUUUUUUGGGGGGAGGGGGGAGGGAUAUGCAACCGAUCGUCACAGGCGGUGGGUGAGCCAAUUGUUUCCAUUAAGAUAAGAAACUAAUUUAUGUUCGAGAAGAAUGUUGAUUUUGGUUUAGUAAUCGAUAACAAACUGUUUUCGGCCAUAAAAGUGCUGUAGAAGAUACCAUAUGUAACUGAACUGACUACUGCAGUUGUUAUCUGUAAUCCGAAUCUGGAAACUAUUGGCGAAUUUCACCGAUUGCGUUGCAUUAGCAACGAGUUUUCACAGAUGCGCUGUCGAACACUUUGUUUCUCUUUCCUUGUGACUGUCUGUCAAGCUGAAUAAAGUGGACGCUCGUUGCUCGUGUUUAAAAAGGACGACUCGGCAAAGUACUCGCGUACACGCAUGCAUGGUGUCGUCUCCGUUUGAAGGCCCCGCAAACAAUUUCGUUUGACUCUUCAAUGUAUCUCGAUCAUCCUUAUUCCAUAUCUUUUGUACGCUAAUUGUCUCAUCAGACACGUAGCUCUCGAGAUAUUGUUUUAUCGAAACGGUAUUAUAACUCAAUAAAGCAGUAUCUCGAAGUCAUUUUAUUGACUCGUUAUUUUUUAAUCAUCAACGUAAGAAGUCGCGAAAUUAUAUAUUUUAUCUUCUGAUAAUAUAUUUAUUCUGUGAAGUUUUCUUCUUUAAGGAACUGAUUAUAAGGCAUGUUCGUUUUGUGACGGAUAAUAACGACCAAACAAAUUAAAAAUUUGUAUGAUAUAUUUGUUGUUAUCCGUCGUUAUCUGAAAUGCGAGUCUGCAGAGGCAGUUGGGCGCGGUAGAUUUUCGCGGGGCCUCGGAGGAGCCGUCACCGCGCGCGUUUGCUCGGGGACGAAACCUUUCAUAUCUGGUGUGUGGUGGUGACUAACAUGUCCGUGUGUUUGUUUGUGUGCCAGCAGGUGGCCUGUGACGUUGUGACCGUGUACUCUCGAUCGGAGUCGCCGUGCCAUGUCAGUCUCAGUCAGUCAAAUCGGUACCGGUCGUUUGCUCGACCGGUCGAUCGAUCAGUCACAAUUCCCCGGUCAGUUUCUCGAUCAGUCUAUCUGUGUCUGUCGGUGCCUGUACAAAGAGCAACCCACGCCCACGCGCUCUCACUUCUGCCGUAAGAUCCUCCGCCUUGUCGACCUCUUCUCUUUAUCUGUUCAUUUCAUUCCCUCAACCUCUCGCGCGCCCUUUACACGCCUGUCCACGAGGUCGCGACACAUCGUUCAUAUCCUCGCGAUCGCACCGAGAGGAUUGCCUCGCCGAUUCUCGAACGGUUACUCGUUCCCUCGAUCGCACACCUGCGCAUGUAGAACACCGGACGAUCGAAUCCACGCAGGAGAUGCUGAGCGAGCGAAAAGUCGCGACCGAGAAAGUGCGCACGAAAUGCGGAGGGACACGAUGAAGAAGACCGAGAAAGUGGGGACGGAAAGGAAGACGAUCCACCGACCGACCGACCGACCUGGGUUCCUCAAGCGAAGCUAAACGUGGCUAUGUUAAUUGUCUGUCCAAUCUCUCCUCCCCCGCCCUUGUAUAUACAAGAUAUAUAAAUAUAUUAUGCAUAUAUGUACAUACGCAUAUAUGUGUUACGUGUGUAUGGUAUGUGCGUGCGUAUUGAGAGCCGCGACGAGGAUUCUCGUGGUUGACUUAAACUAGGCGACGCGACGGCUCCACGUCUCGCGAUGAAAGAGAACGAAAUGACGAAAGCGGGGAACGUGCGGCACGAGCUGUGCGCGAGAAAUUUUUCUUAUACAUAACUAUACAUAAUACAUAGUUAUAUAAAUACAUGGUCAUAAAUCGAAUUAUCGACUGAGAACUAUUUUUAUCGGCUCUACUAUCGGGAUCGCUGUCAACGCCUCGCAGCGCCUGUUUAUACAUAGGUAUACAUAUGCAUAUAUAAGUGUGUAUGUAUCGCGGCAAAUUGGGCGUGUAGACGAGAUAUAGAUGUAUGUGUGUGUGAAGAAGCACGAGAGACGGAGGCUGGAAAGGGAAAUGCGAACGGACGAACAAUGAUCGUGCGGGACCGAUGCGCAUGCGAUUUCUUAGGCUUAAAUCGUGCAAAUAUACGAAACGGAUACAAAGAAUUGAAACAAAACAAAAGGAAAACCGAUAGACAGCGAAGAAAUGAAUAUAAGAGACAUUUUGUAGUAAAUGACUUUGUGAUAAGAUUGUAACGUACAGUGGACCGUGGUUUCAUACCGAAACUGGGCCGGGUCGCUCAGGAAUAGCACAUCAGGCGUCACACAUUCGUGCAUCCAAUUCUAUAACGCCGUCAAAGCGAAUAUAGACAAGUACGCGAGAUGCGACAAAUUUUUAAUGAAUUUUAAUAUCGGACGAGUUUCCCGACCGCACACUUGCAUCGUCUUCUUCGUCGAAUUCAUAAAUUGCACUUUAUGCGAUUAAUCUUAGGUCUUCACGAAAGUUACGUAUCGGACGAAUUAUCUGGAUCGAUUCAACGAACUAAAAGUCUCUCGUCAAAGUGAUAUACUGUAAAAUAAAAAAAAAGAGUUACUAUAAUAAUUUUGAAACAAUUUCGCAAUCAGAAAGAGAUUCGCUUAUCGAAUAGGCUUACAUCAAUGCAAAAUAUUUUGGAAUAACUCAUUCUUAAUAAUGUGAAACAAAUUCGAUGAAUUUGCUUCUUGGAAAUAAACGGGAAAACAUUUUGAUUUUUCAAAAGUUCUGUCGAUCAUGAAUCGGUUUGUUGAUUUUGGAUAAUUAAAUUAAUAAACCAAUGUGAUUCUACGUAAGACUUAUCUUUGCAUUAUUUCUAAAAUGAUUGAUGAUCACAAUUUUUAUUAUAACUUAUCGAGAGAAAAAUUAAACGUAUCGAUAUUUACGUUGCAAUUAGUGCAAUUGACUUUGAUUAAAAUAGAUUUAUACAUCUUGCUUUUUAAGUGCAGAUAAUAUAUGAAUGAAAUUUAGAGUGAAAUAUUUCCGAAAACACGUGAUAAAACGAUUAGUGUAGAUAUUUUCAGCUGGACGAACAUCGUGAAAAUUGGUUGCACGACGAAGCUGUGCGAUGAUUGUAUUCGAACGAAACAAAUCAAGAUCGUACAAGGAUAAUAUAUACAGGGUUAGUGAUUAAAAAGAAGUCAUUUUAAGUACUCUAGUCUGGAUGUAAAAAUGCCUUCGUGGAUGUUAAUUUAACAUGAAAAUGUGAGACAUUUUUUAAUCGAUCGCGUUUAAUUAGAUUACGUUGCAUAAUAAGAAUUAACAUUUUGUAGAAUCUGAAUUAAUACAAAGUAGAUUUUUUUCUCUCAUAUAUGAUUUAUACUUUGAAAUUAUUAUUCUCUGUUUAUUUGGAUCUUACUUUUCCGUUUUUAUGAGUUAAACGCACGAGUAUUAAAAAUAUUCUUAUCUCAAUACAUUUUCUAUUUUCCACGAGUCCAAAACCAUUAAAAACCGUCUUUUCUCGAAAUUUGUUCGCCACAUUAUCGAAGCGACAGAAUCUUGCGCAACUAUCCUUUCACUAUUAUCAUGUCACUUUUCGUAAUCGCACAAAUCCACAUUUCCAGUUUCGAUAAAAUACAUAUCCUUCAAUUUAUUUCUUUUCUCGCAUAGUCUUGUCUAUAUUAAGCAAAACAAGUUUGCGUGCACUCAAUUAUUGAAUGGCAGGACCCAGGACCUAUUUCUAUUGUCUUUGUAAAAAUAUAUGGAUAAAUAUAAAAAUAUGGAUAUAUAUUGCCUUUUUAUCUUUUUUUGGAAUAUUUUAAGUAGAAUAGGCAAUGUCAUUUCUGACUUGAAAAUUGAAUAAGAAGAUAAUUUAUUUGUGUUAUAUAUAUGGGCUUAUGUAAUAAUAAUUUUUUGAUAUAUCUUUUAAAACAGAAUAAAUUCUGUCAUUUCAUAUUGUUAAUUAUCAUUUACGAUUAAGUGUACGUAGCCUUGUUUUGUCACCAGCAACAUUAACAUGCACACGUGCGUCAGACCAAAUAAACGGAGCUUCGGCGUCAUUGCAAGAUAAACUGUGUGCAAGCGGGCAAUUUUAUCUAACAUUUGCGAUUGUCUUUGAGUAGUAGAGAACGUCGUGCUCCGGAUUACCAAAGAUGUGUCUUUAAUUAAUUGAUGUACUUACGCAACCCUAACGACUAAUCCAAGUCAGUGUUAAAGGUCUACGCAUGAAUAAGGACUAUUUAUGUAUAGAAUAUCUAUAUUAUUGCCUCAUAUGUAAUGUGAAUACCGAUAAAUGACAAAGUUAGCAGUUGCUUAUUCUUAAAUUAUGUGUACUUAAAAAAACAGAACAUACAAUUAUACGAUAAUAUUUUUAUUGAUAUGUUCAAAAAUAUUAUAAAUAUUAUUUUUUCAUCUUCUAAAUCGACAUAAGUAUGAAUUUUAAGCAAAUUAUCGAUCAUAAAAAUUAAACAUCAAAAGAUGAUAUCAUCAAUAACAAUCGGCAAAACUCAAUUAAACCUUUUUUAGUAUGCGCACAAAUGGUUACCAGACAUAUAAGUAAUAAUCUCGAAAUUAUAUGUAAAAAAUUAUAAGUUUUAGACAGGAAUAAUUUUGAUAUUGAACACACUUAAGCCAUGCGUGGAUGGUUAACACUGAUCUACAUCGAUUAACUAACAAUAGAAAACGAGCACGCAUACACAUUAGUCUUGUGCGUAUAUACAAAUAGAGCCUAGUCACAAAUAUUGUUUAAUGAUUGAAAAAUCGCUUCUAUGUUCGUGUCAUUUUCAUCAUUGUUCUUCAGCACGUGCGUUGACAUUGUUGUUAGUGCUACGUUUAUUAUGGCUAUUAUUAUUGCUAUGUUUAUCUUUACUAGUUAUAUCUGUUAUCCUAAUUUGAUUACUAUUAUUAUAAGAGAAAAUUCUUAUUAUUACUUAAUAUUAUUAUUCUACUACUAUUAUCAUUAUACGGUCAUUAUUAUUUUAUUAUUAGUAUUAUAUGUUUAUAUUAUCAGUACUUGUGCCAAUGAUGGCGAUACUACCAUUGGCAUUUAUUAUUACUAUUAUGACUAUUACUUUUAUAUGUAUUAUUACUAGCACUUUGCGCGCGACAGAGAUCGUGAUUAUCAAUAGCUAUUACACUGUUGCUAAUAUCGAUCGCUCGCUCGCUAAUUUAGUGUUGGCAAUGGCAGACUAUCAGUUUAAGUCAGAAUCAGAAUUAUUUAAGUACUUUUAUGUCCGUUUUUACAGGACGUUAAUAUAUGAAGAUUUAAUUCAUUCACUGUAAAAACGAAUCGCGUAUCAUGUGCGAUCAUUACAUGGUCAAAUAAGGAUCACUUGUUGAGACGGUUAUUUCCAAAUGAAGUAUAUGUUAUAAUAAUACGGGAUAAUGUACUUACGACGAAUGAUUUAUUUUUAUGUUUGUUUUUAUAUUACUCACCCAAAGAUUGGAUACAAAUUGGUUGACGAAAGCGAAAUGUGAUGUUUGAAAUGUCUUUUUUUCAGCGUUCGUCAAAAUAGUUACAAAUGCUUGCAAAGUUUUAGCAACAGAUCAUACAAAAUACGUUUUUUGUAAUGUGUAAGAGAUAUAAACACGGAGAUUCGGUAUCUCAAAUAAACGGAAAUAAGUAUAGAUAGAAAUUUUUGGCAUCAUUAUAUAAUUAUUUCCUCCAUUCUUAUAUGUAACUAAGAGAUAUUUACUCUUAUAUUGUUUAUCUUAUAAACGUUAUGAAUAAUACUUAACGAAGUCGAAGUAGAAGGCUCCAGUAGUGAAUUACUAAAUGGAAGGAACGAGCUAAUUAUGAGCCAUUUUCUUGAACAUGAUUUAUUGUUAAUUCGAAAUUAAUAAUGAAUAAUUAGCUCGUUCUUUCCACUUAAUACUUAAUUGGUUUCGCGCUGCAUUAGUAAUAUAAGUUUUCCCUCUUUCUCUUUUGUACAUGAACCGAUCAAUUUAGUGAUCCUAUUCGACCAACGUUUCAAUGGUACGACCGUCUAUCCGAAUUAUUAUUAUACGAUUUUUACAAUUGUAAUCUAAAUCUGUUGAUAGAGUAUGUUUUUGUUUUUAAAUGUUUGAGCUAUUAUCUCGUAAGAUUAUUGUUAUACUGUUGAGUAUACCGUAUUUGCGUCGUUAACAAUCUGUCGUGCUUCUUUAUUUUUGUUUUCUUACAUGCUAAAUCGAAUUUUUGUUCUUUUCUUUUUAGUUUGUUCGUCCACUGCGUUUCUCUCCUCUGAUAAUGUAUGUCUUUUUUUUUAUUAAAACAUGGGAAUGCGCUACUAUCGGAGUUAACGAGAUGAUAAAUCGUGUCCAGUCAAAUGUACAAAUCUACUCUUGAUUUUAAUAUGUUGAGUGUCAGUUAUUGUGUGUGAACACGUUGCUGAAGUCAUAUUUUAAUCUUAUAAAACAAAAGCAAAAUAAUAAUAACAGAAUUAAUUAAAUCUAGUAAUUAGUUUAAUUAAAAUGUUAAUAGCUAAUUAAAUUCUGGAAUUUGAUAACGACAGACUAAUAUAUGCCAAUAAAUGAGACAUCGAAAUUCGAUCAGUAUUUCAAAUAUUUGUGCUCAGCGCUCAACAUGUUAAACGUUUUAAAUAUUGCAAAUAUGGUGCGGUAUUCAGUACUUAAAUAACUGUAAAGAGUACUUAGACACGCGAAGGGUAAUUCAUCAAAACAUAAAUUUUCAAGAGCAAUAUUUUUAUGAAUUUGUAACUCAAGUUUACUCUCAGAUAAUGGAUGUAUUUUAUCAAUAUAUUAAAGUAUACAUGAGAGGCAAAUUUCUAUUUCUUAUAUAUAAUGGAUAUUAACAUCUAUGUAACUUAAAAAUCACGACGAUCAUCAAGAUGCUCCGAAAAGUGCGAUUCAUUCCAAUCUUAUAAUUAAAUCGAUUUAACCUUCGACGAAGAAAAAUCGUGAAUGCGAAUAGAGUACCGAGACUUAUCGCUGUUAUUACCUUACAUGCACGUUGGCAAUUUUUCACAUACGCGGGUAUGUAUGUACGGACGCGCAUAUUUGUAUUCGGGCAUUAAAUGUACGGCUCUUUUCUUUUGUGUAUACAUCUCUGCAUACGUACAGAGUAUACGGAUGUAUAUAUAUGACGUGAGUGUUGCGUAUGUGAUGGUAUUUGCCUUCUGUCGCCGUGUGUAACGCCGUUACGCGUUUAUUCUUAAUCCUCCACUUUUCGUUUAGUUCUUUUAUUUAUCGAUUUUUUUUUCUUUUUUUUUUCUUUUUUUGUUUAACAGCUAUUGUGCGACCUUAAACAGCUGGCGGCGAAACCGCGGAGAUUGUCGGCGUGUAUCAUUAAAUAUACUUAUAUUUUCUUUUCUGUUUCGCUUAAUCUACAAUGCGAUCAGCAUGUGGCGUAUGUUGAAAAUAACAAUAUAUAUAUUUAUUUUGUUGUUUUAA